UAUGUCAUUGUGAAUUUUCUAAUCUGUGGUAGCAAACCCCAUCGAAAGAAACGAGUGUUUGGUUUCGUUUACUUUUGUGAUUUGUGUGAUUGCUUUUUUCGUAUAAUUAGUAGAAUAAUAUAAUACUAGCCACCAUGUCUUCAGUAUGUUGCGGAACUAAGAAACAAAAGCUGAAUAAUUCUUAUAGCAAUAGCAUAGAGCGACCUUUGAAUGGUUACCAAGAGUCCGUGGCUAUUCCCGAUAUGUGUUACUUUUGUUUCGAUGUUUUGUAUUGUCAGCUACAUAGUAUGGAACCUCCACAGACGCCAAAUUUCACUAAUGACGCAUACCCUCUUUUUGUGACAUGGAAGAUUGGCAAGGAACACCGGCUGAGGGGCUGUAUUGGGACCUUCAAUGCAAUGCAUUUGCAUUCAGGCUUGCGCGAGUACGCGAUAACGAGUGCGCUGAAGGACUCUCGGUUCACGCCGAUCACGCGCGAGGAGGUGCCGCGGCUCACGGUGUCCGUGUCCAUCCUGCAGCACUUCGAGGAGGCCGAGCACUACCUGGACUGGAAACUGGGCAAGCACGGCAUCCGCAUCGAGUUCAUCAGCGAGCGCGGCACCAAGCGCACCGCCACUUACUUACCUCAAGUUGCUACUGAGCAAGGUUGGGACCAAAUUCAAACGAUCGACUCGCUGCUUAGAAAGGGCGGGUACAAGGCAGCUAUAACAGCGGAGCUGAGACGCAGCAUCAAGCUGACGCGCUACCAGUCGGAGGAGGUGUCGGCCACGUACGGAGAGUACAUCACGCAGCGCUGCUAGCAGCCGCCGCGCGCGCCCGCCCAUCGGUACCCGCACCACCCGCACCACACCCACCACACCCACCACACUCACCACACUCACCACACUCACCACACUCACCACCCACACCACACACACAAUCAACACCGCAGGCACGCGCGGGGCGGCGGGCACAGUGCUUACAGAUGUUGUGUCAAUAACCUAGUAUCUAAGUGUAUGUCCAGUUUCCACGCAGCCGCCGGGCGGGAAGCGUGCGACCGCGCCCCACAAAGUACAAUCUCGAUUCAGAAUUAUGCUCAAAGUGACGUACACGCUCACUCGGACAGGACGUGGCGGCGCGACGUCAGAAUCGUAUAACAUUAACGUUACACUGCCAACGACAUUCCCCCCGGGGGAACAUCGGUGCCAUUUUUAAACAAUGAACGAUAAUGCUUAUGAAUUAAUGUUUCGUGCAGUGGUACAUGUAUUGCGUCAUUAGUGAGGCGUGAUGCGGUGCGGCGUGAUGCCGGCUCAGGGCGCGGGUGAUCACUUUGAUCAAAAUUUUAACUUGGACCUUUAGUGUGUUACGUUUGUUGUUGUAGCCGUGAGUCUCAAAAACUUAAAUAUAAUCAUUGGUUAGUGAUACUCGACUCAUGGUUGGCUUUGUUGUUUGAAUAGGGUUUGCCCAUGCUUCCAUGAAUGGUGAAACUGUCUUAUACUUAAGUUUAUUUUGUUUCAUAAUAUUGCAAGUUACUUAUGUUAGUUUAAAUUAUGUUGUACGGAUAUACGGUAGCGAAUCGCAGCAUAGACAUAGGGUAUAGUUUCAUUACUCAUGGAUUAAAAUAAAAAUGUAACUUGCAAAUUAUGAAAUGUAAGAUCUCAAUAGAUCUCUGAGACAAUUUGGGGGUAAAUUUAUCAUAAGUCAAAGUACUUACAGAGAGGCAUGUUCGAACCAAUCUCAACCCCAAAUGAGUAUUCGUAAGUUUAGAUAGGAAACGUCCGUUUCCAAAUUAUCGAAGAGUAAAUUCUAAAAAAAAGCAUAAAAUUGAAAUUAGACAAAAAAAUACAAAAAUUAUCUUUAAAAUAAUUUGUUGUAGUUGAUAAGUGUAUGUGGUAUAUUUUAUUAAUAUAAUAACAGAUAGAGAUCAGAAGUUGUUAUUUACAAUGAGGUAAUUGUGUAACGGAGCAUGGGUGAUGGUUGUGAUGAUUUGAUAUUUUGGUUUUAGCAUUGCCAUGGUAUGUGCUUUGACACCGAAUUUUAUGAAUCUUUUUCAACCAUAUCUUUAUGCAACAUUUCGCUUAUUUAUUUUAUUCGUUUUUAAAACCGACUGUCUGGUUCCUUGUUAUUUUUGGAUACUUUCUUUGCAUUGACUUGCAAAGCUAAAAAUGAAUCGUUAGAAAUCAACCAUAAAACUACCAUCAGUGAAAACCUUACCUUGUUAUCCCUAAACUGUUGUCAAAGGCACAGCUUCCUCAAUAAGCAAUCGUAUAAUAGCCCUCAGUAUAUCACGAAUCCCUUUUCGCAGAAGACUGUCACGAUGCCAUUCACUAGAUACUUUGUGUCGUGCAAAUUCUAUAAUAUAUGAAUUUGGGUCAGAUCAAGACGGGAGAAUGGAUUUAUAUUUCUACGAUAGCUUCUGCGAAGUAGAGUUUGACUUCCAUUUUAUUUUAGCCAUUGUAUAAUAAUUUAGAUUCAAAAUACGCAUUUGGUGUCUCAACAAUUGUCAAUUGUAGUAAUGUAUACUUUGAUGUCGACCCUAGUAUCCUUUGCAGGGCCCGCGGCCGCCAGCCGACGGAAAGGAUACGAAACGUCGGCAUCAAAAUAAAUCAACAAAUAACCGUCAUGAGAUGCGAAUAUUGUUCCAUUUUAUGACUUUGUAUAGUGGACUUAAGACUGACCUAUCUGUGCAGGGUAGUUGAAGAUUUAUGAGAAACCCCGCGUUGAGGACAGGUAAAUAUUGUACAAGGAUCUUCUUUGGUAAUUCUGUAGGAUAUUUAGUUUACAUUUGAUUACCAAUUUUAUUUAUUGGUUUAUAAGACUCAAUUUGUAAGGGUGGUGCGCUGGGGCUUAAGCCGUAUCUACUGAAUGUGAUUUUAUCAUCCCAAAGAAAAUUAUACCUUAACAACGAUAGAUUAGUUGUAUAUGUCUCGAUAAAUAUUCCAUUACCCUGUUUACAUCAAUAUAAAAAGUCAGCCAUUUAAUAAAUCUAAAUAGGAUUAUAAAAUAAGUGUGCAAGUGCCAGAUAUCAAAUUAUCUCAACUUUGUACAAUUUAUAUCAAUAAUGUUUAGACACGAAUAUCGUGUGAUCGUCUCUUUAUUUGGAACAUGUUCUAUGAGCAUGUUAAAGCAUUUCAAUUUGUUCUAUUGUGGGUAUGCAUGGAUUUGUAUCAAGAUGGUUACAGAAUGGAAAUGUUACUGUCACUUUGUUCAUGUUCAAAAAUACUGUAUUGUAAACCGCACGUACAUAAAUUUUUUUUUUUUUUGCAAGCUCAGUGUCAGUGUGAAAGGAGGGCACCGACUGUUUGUUCUCUCUACCUGGCACUUGCGUAACGCAGAACAUGUCAAAAAUGCGCGCAAUUUAUAAUUAUUGAUAUUAAAACGGAACGGGAAAAUAUUGAGGAAGUUCUAACAAGACAAAAAAAUAUUGGUGAUAUGUGGUAGUCACACGAAAUGAUAUUAAUCCACGGCUUCUAAUGAAUUAUCAUAUUCAUAAAUAUUUUAAGAGCUGAAUGCACUUUAUAUAAUUGUGAACUCACAAUUUGCUCCUAAGACUGCGUGGCGCGUUACUCUGACAUAAAUAUCCGCAAAUUUCCAACAUUUUUCAGUAGAGGUGGACGCGCCCUCUUCCAAUUAAACUAGACAUACCGCCAUAGCCGAGGACAAGUUUUGUUAGAACUUCAUCAAUUCCAUGCAAUUUAUGACGUCACAGGACACUGUCGCGCGUCAUUUCCUGCAUCGAACCCUUUCGAUAUAAAUCCAUGCAGUAAUGUCAUCCCUAUUAGUAAACAGCUAGAUGUAUUUGUAUAAAAAAUAUCAUAAAUAUUUCUUAAAUAUAUAAGGUUUGUUUUGUUAUAAUAACAUUUGUUGAACGGGCUCCAAGAAUGUUCAUAUACAGUGUGUUCCAAUUGCAGAUCACGUGUAAUUGAGUACAGAUAUAAGUGCAAAAAUAUAUAAGGUUUGUGGAAUGAUGUUGGAUUAAACAACCAAUGUAUGCAUGUGUGAUCCAAGUUUGGGCAUACAUUUGAGUGUCGAUAUAAGCAAUACACUGCCUUCAUCGUCUUUAACGGUAUAUGUACUGAAUAAUCAAAAGUCUAUGAAAGAAUGUACGAUUUAAAUGAUUUUAUGUGACGCUCUGUUACAAUUUGCUUUUCUCAUGUUCGAGAUGGUGAAAAUAGAUCCCUAAAGUUUAUUUUUAUAGAACUGCAUUCAAUUAAAAUGAGGUUGCUGCUAUAGUUAGUUUUUGUUUUAAAUUUCGGAAACUGCAUUUGCUACUUCUUUGCAUUUCCCUCAAUAGCUGUCCAUCUCGAAAAUGAUAAAAUCAACUAGAGUAUAUCUAUAUUUAAGUUCAAUCGAUAACACUUGUCACGAAUAUUUUCGCUACAGAUACUAAGAUAAAAUAAGUUUGAAUAUUGUUUUAAAAUAUAUUUUGUUUAAUGAAGGUGUGAUUAUCAGUUAAAAUGUUUUUUUACUUGCAACACGUACAGACGUACUCCAAACGGUGAAAUGUCCUACCUACUUGUAAGGAGCAGUUUUGAAUGUGUUCAAAAACUUAAUAAAAAGAACUAUAUUUCUCUGACAGUUGCGUACAGUUUGUUGUCCAUUUUUUGUAAUUCUUAAAAGUAAAAAUAUAGGUUACUUUAAAACAUAUAAA